AUGGAUGAGGGCAUGUCAGGGUUUUGCAUUAAAGCUGCGAGUUUUCGCGGCAGCGGUGGUGGUGCCGGCAAUGGCAAUAAUGGAACCAAGUGCGGGCGUUGGAAUCCAACAACCGAACAGGUUAAAGUUCUAACUGACCUGUUCAGGUCUGGACUCCGAACGCCGAGCACUGAUCAGAUUCAGAAAAUCUCUUCUCAGCUAAGCUUUUAUGGAAAGAUCGAAAGCAAGAACGUUUUCUAUUGGUUUCAGAAUCACAAAGCCAGAGAAAGACAGAAACGCCGCAAAGUUUCCAUCGAUGACAAGGAUUUCACUCGUCGAGAUCAGGACAAGAUUUCUUCUCCAAAACAACUAAAUCAAGUUUCAGAGCCGGCGAGAGUGAUUGAGACCCUUCAACUUUUCCCAGUAAACUCCUUCGACGACUCUGAAGCGGAGAAGACGAGAUUUCAUGCAAACGAGUACUUCAAAGAGGCUACAGCUUUUGCUUACAGGGUUGGGACAGAAAUGGACCAUCCACCAUUGGAUCUGCGCUUAAGCUUCCUUUAA